GAGAGGGAGAGAGAGAGAGAGAGAGAGAGAGAGAGAGAGAGAGAGAUCCAGCCAUAGGAAGAGAAGAGAUUGUAAAAGCAAGGCAGCAGGCAUGCAGGCAGGCUGUGCGUCAGCCAGCGCUCCGUAGGGAAACAUGGAGACGAGCAGGAGAUGUUGAAGAGGACAGCACACACCAUAACAGGAUCAUAUAGAUGGAUGUUAUUUCAUCAACCGGGCAACCUCAACACAACCCACGCAGAGGAUAAACCACUUAUGGACGCAGUGGAUUAAAGACCUAAGAGACCUGAGAGAGAGAGAGAGAGAGAGAGAGAGAGAGAGAGAGAGGGAGAGGAGGAAACGAGAGGAGGAGAAAUUAAUCAAUUCAGUUGUUUAUUUUCAUUCUCUGCGUGUGCGCACUUGCUGUCAAAGAGUGUGUGUGUCUGUGCCUGCAUAUAGUGUGUGUGUGCGUACAGCAGGAGACUGCAUUGCUGUUCUCCAGUGCCACAGGACCAACAACAGAAGAAAAAAAAACGAACGACAAGAAGAUCACCUUAUGUCCCCCCCGUUCUCUUUCUCUCCCUCUCUCUCUGCAUGUGUGUGUUCCUUGCUGUGCGAUCUGGCUCAUGAUUUGCUGAGGCUGAGCGGCGGCAGGCGUGGAAGAGCAUGGUGAACCUGCAGAAAACAUAAGAGAGAGACGCUCAGCAUCUGAUUCUGUAUUUUCGAUGGUCUUUUCCGCCGGUCGUCAGGAGCAAACUCGAAGAAAAGACAGUUCCCCGGGACAGGAGAGUCUUGUGUGGUCACACGCCGUCACAGCUCGGGGGCGGGAGGGGGGGUAUUUACAGCAUGUCACAGCUCGGCUCUGCAUGCUGAGCUCCAGCCGGGGCCUCGGGGGGCUGAUCAGGGAACCUGAGGCUGGUUUCUAUGCUGGAGCCUCGGAGGUUUAAAGGGCUGCCACCGGGGAGACGCUCGGCUCCACACCCCAGAGAGGUGGAAGCAUCAUCAGGUAGGAGGCAGCUGAACGUGGGGGCCUGAGUGGAGAGAAGGAAAAGAGUAGGAGGAAGAGUUGUGCGUGCGUCGUAGACUGUGUAGGCAGACCGAUGGCCAGCCGAUCUUGCUGCCUGGUGGUGUAAACUCUGCAUCCUGCUGAGAGAGGAUAAUGGCAGCUCUGGGCCCUCUCUCCUCCUCCUCUUUCACCUGCCACAGAGGAGCUUGGAAGUGCUAGCCAAUGCUACACCGCUACAGGCAGCCCAGCGAGAGGAUGGUGUGAGCAACGUCACACUACCCCCCGGCCCUUUCCCACCACAGCAGGAGACCCCUGAAACUCCUGUGGGGGCCUAUUUUUGUACUCCACUUUGUUUCUCCUUCCCCUUCUCCAAGGCGACCGAGGGCAGAGGGAGGUGUUGCUCGACUUGUUUGGGAGUCCUCUCCCUCUCCCUCCCUCCUUCUCCUCCUCCUCCUCCUCUUCCUCACCCCCAGCCCUCACCGCCAACCUCACCACACCGCCUCAACCUCAGACCUCCACCACCUCGGCUCCAUGGAUUGGUUUUAGCGCCGGCCUGCCCUUUCUUUUUUUCAUUUUCAUUUUGUUUCUUUUUGUCGAGGCUUUGGGGGAAUUGCCAAGACCUGUUUCAUGCAUGUCCACUGGCGGCAGGUUCAACUUUGACGAUGGGGGGUCAUACUGCGGAGGGUGGGAAGAGGGUAAGGCGCACGGCCACGGGAUCUGCACGGGACCCAAGGGCCAAGGCGAGUACUGUGGGUCGUGGGCCCACGGCUUCGAGCUGCUGGGCGUCUACACCUGGCCCAGCGGAAACACCUACCAGGGCACCUGGGCUCAGGGCAAGAGACACGGGGUGGGCGUGGAGAACAAAGGCCGAUGGGUGUACAAGGGCGAGUGGACCCACGGGUUUAAGGGACGUUACGGCGUACGGGAGAGCACAGGCACGAGCGGGAAGUACGAGGGGACGUGGAACAACGGGCUGCAAGACGGAUAUGGCCGGAGGACGUACUCGGAUGGAGGUACCUUCCAGGGUCAGUGGGUGGGCGGCAUGCGGCAUGGCUACGGCGUGCGUCAAAGCGUCCCCUACGGGAUGGCGGCAGUCAUCCGCUCGCCGCUCCGCACCUCCAUAAACUCCCUCCGCUCCGGUUCGGAGCACAGCAACGGCACAGCUCUGCUGGACCGGACCGGGGCGGUGGUUCCGGUCCCUCCUCCCGUUCCCGGCACCCUGACCACCAGCGUAUCCAUGUGCAGCACAGGCAGUGGCGGGAGCAGCCCCGCAGUGUCCCGUGGAGGCUUCGUACUGACCGCUCACAGCGAAGCCGAGCUGCUGAAGGGGAAGAGGAAAGGGUUGUUCCGGAGGUCCAUCCUGUCCGGCCUGAAGCUGAGGAAGUCGGAGUCCAGGAGCUCACUGGCCUCCCAGAGGUCCAAACAGAGCUCGUUCAGGAGCGAGGCGGGGAUGAGUACUGUAUCCUCUGCUGCCUCUGAUAUCAACUCCACCAUCAGCCUCGGAGAUGCAGAUGCGGAGCUGGCCCUUGCCGAUGAUGACGUAGACGCCACGGCGACAGAAACCUACUGCGGGGAGUGGAAGAACGACAAGCGGACAGGCUUUGGCGUGAGUCGGCGCUCCGACGGGCUGCAGUACGAGGGGGAGUGGCUCAGCAACAAACGCCACGGUUACGGCUGUACCACGUUCCCCGAUGGCACCAAAGAGGAGGGGAAGUACAAGCAGAACAUCUUGGUGAGCGGCAAGAGGAAGAACCUGAUCCCUCUCCGGGCCAGUAAGAUCAGGGAGAAGGUGGACCGAGCUGUGGAGGGGGCGCAGAAGGCAGCUGACAUCGCCCGACAGAAGGCUGAGAUCGCCUUGUCCAGGACGGCCCAUGCACAGGGGAAAGCAGAGGCGGCCGUGGGAGCCGCUCAGAAAGCCCAGGAGGAGAGUCGGAUGGCCAGGGUCACCGCCAAACAGUUCUCCCCGUCCUUCCAGCACCCAGGAAACGGUGUGGAGGUGCAGCGUCCAAAGCGUCAGGUGUCCAGUGAGGUGGAGGGCGAGGGCUUGUCCAGCAGUGCCGGCACUGCCGACAGCGCCGACAGUCCCGACCUCUACGUGAAGAGCGGGGCCUCUGACGACCCGUCCAACGAUGCCGCCACCCCUGACCUCAGCCCUCCUUCCUCCUCGCCGCCCCACACCCCGCCUCCUCCCGCCCGGCCCUCCCAGCGCAGCAAGAGCGCCCGUUUCCACCGGCAGACCGCCGUCGACCACGGUGACAGAGCGAGGGACGGGAUCGAGAGGGGAGAGAAGGGCGGGGGAGGAGGAGGAGGAGGAGGCCAGACAGAGAUCCAGGUGCUGAUGGAGGGAGGCAGCGCGGGAGGGGAAGGAGGAGGCGGGAGGGGAGGCGAAUACCCGCGCACCAACAGCUGGAGCGAGGACAAGCGGAGAGGGGCGGCGCCGCCGAGAGGAGGGGGCGGGGUCAGCGGACGAGGAGGCGGUCGGACCAACGGACAUAAACACAGCUGCUCCAAUCACAAGUCCCGGGAGCACGGCUUGUCCAAUCACAGACAGGCCAGGGGGGACAAGUGGACAGAGUCGUCCUCUUCCACCUCCUGGACAUUUGGGCACCGGAGCGUGCACGGCGACCGGGGUGUGCACGGCAGGGGAGGCCGGCUGCUGGAGCAGGACGAGGAGAAACUCAGCAACUACGAGAUGGAGAUGAAGCCCCUGCAGCCCAGAGACUCCAACACCCACAAGCCCCAUGGGCACGGGGAGGAGAGGCACGGCCACGGUCACCCGCACGCUCACGGCGAGGGCCGCUCACACGCCGUGCAGAGACAGAGGCAUAAGAACCGCGAGGGCCGGGAGGGGAAGGAGGCGAGGGAGGGGAGCAAAGACCCCGACGGCGUGCGGCCGGGGGAGAAGAUGGACUCGCGGCCUCUGCGGCGCGACCUCACCCUCUCCCCCCCACUGAGGUCCUCCCCCAUCACAGCAGAGCAACAGGACCACAGCCUCACACAGAGCAAAGGGAACUCAGCCUACAGCUCCAUCCUGGUCGUCAUGGUGAUUCUGCUCAACAUUGGAGUGGCUAUUUUGUUUAUCCACUUUUUUAUUUAAAGACAGCACUGCUUUCAGAGUCAGCCUAUCUAUGCUACAACAACAACUAUCAAUUCAUAUGAGUAUUACGGUGAAUCUGCUGCAAGAGGACUGCGUCAGGCUGAGGGAGAGCAGGGCCGAGGAGGGGCUCGCGGACCACGGGGCGGUCCCGCGGCGCGCAGAGCCCAGGCCGGCCGACCCGCCGCCCGCACAGCCGGCCUCACACGUAGGCAAAAACCAUUCGGAGCUCGGCCCCCUCGUUUGUACAAAGGAUGUUUCAAUGCGUAGUCCAAAGAAGUGGAUGGUGCCCUGCGUGGUCCGGCUCAUUGGACUACAGGAGACUCGGGUGAGCUUGAAUAGUUCGAAUGUGGACUAAAGUGGGCUAAACCGGUCCAAACCGGGCUGACGUGGUCUGAUUUCCAGGCCGCAGGAGAUGCAGUUGGCACCACAGUGAGACGUCUGCUUCCACUGUCUGCAGAGAGGACUGACGAGACAGACUUUUUCAUCCUCAGAUCAUAGUUUUCAACAGAUUUGUAACUUCAGAUUUAUUUAUUAACUUAUUAAUUUUCUCUCAUGUACAAUACGUUGAUGGAUAUAUUCUUUAUUUUGUACCCCCUUCCAGCCCUUUAGACUUCCUGCCUUUUGGUUCCUUCGCCUGCAACAGAUGUUCUUACUGAUGGUUGAGAGUGUGUGUGUGUGUGUGUGUGUGCGCGCGCAUGUGUGUGUGUUUGACUAACUCAGAGGAGCCACCAAGCACUGCUGCUGCCACCUCACACACACACACACACACACAGACCUAUACACACGUGCAAACACACAUCACUUUUGUCUCUUCUCUCUUAUCCAUGUGUGUCCAUUCCCUUUCCCUGUUUGCUCUCAUCCAUCAUCUCUUGCAGUGUGUGUGUGCCUGUGUGUGUGUGUGUAUAUGUUAAGUCAAUGGCAUUUUGUGCAUGGUGUGGUUGCGUUUGUAUCUGUAUCAAUCCGUGAUGUCCUUCCCAGCAAUCCUGUGCGUGUAUGUGUGUGUGUGUGCAUGUGUGUGUGCGUGUGUGUGUGUGUGUGGUCUAGCUCAGUGGCCUUUCAUGCUGUUGAUGAACUUUACAAGAGGAUCUCAUGAGGACACCCAGUCACUGCUCAUCCUCAUCCAGCUCACAACCACCUGCUGCCAGCUCCCUCUCUCUCUCUCUCUCUCUCUCUCUCUCUCUCUCUCUCUCUCUCUCCACCUCUACACAGACAGUUCAGACCUGGUAGAGUCCUCUGAGUUUUGAAAGCUCAAGAAGAAGAAGAAGUAAAAAAGCUCUGCUCCUAUGACUAUUUAAGGUAUUUUAGGGCAACAAACAAACAAACAAACCAAUAAAAAAAAAGACUAAAAAAAAAAAAAAAGAUAAAUCAGUUUAAUGUGGCCCUGACUUGCCUGCUGUUUCACAUCUUCUCUCUAACUGCCUCUCCCAAAACGCAACUUGUGAAGACAGCAACAUUUUCUUUUAGCUCUACCUUAUUUGCAAAAAAAAAAAAGUUGGCACCUGCCUUGUUUUUGUGGCGCAAAAAUUGAUAAAAGUACAAGAAUGCAUGCCUACUUAUUGUAUAUCUUAGUUGCGUGUCGACUCUGAAAACAUGAAAGGCUUCAGGGAGGAAAAAGUCAAAUCGGAAUGCGAGGUUUGAAGUUUUGGAAGGGGCGGGAUCUGAGGCAGCACAGUCUGAAUUCCUUUCACAUCCUGUUAUUGAUCCUGUCUGGGUAAAUGAAACCAAUUAAAACGGCUGUGUGGCACUCCA